UUAAAACAUUUUAGCAGGAAAUGGUUGUAAAGGACCUCGCCACUGUCUUUUUUAGUGAUGGGUAAACCGAGGGUGAUGAGUGAGCCAGAAGCAAUGACGCAGCCCCUCUAUUCCUUCUUGACAGGUUCAGGCAGCAGGAUGGGGUGCAAAGUUCUGCUGAGCAUUGGCCAGCAGAUGCUGCGGCGGAAGGUGGUGGACUGCAGCCGGGAAGAGAGUCGGCUGUCCCGCUGCCUCAACACCUUUGACCUGGUGGCCCUCGGGGUAGGCAGCACGCUGGGAGCUGGCGUCUACGUCUUGGCCGGAGCUGUGGCCCGUGAGGAUGCAGGCCCUGCCAUUGUCAUCUCUUUCCUGAUUGCUGCGCUGGCCUCGGUGCUGGCCGGCCUGUGCUAUGGCGAGUUUGGCGCUCGAGUCCCAAAGACAGGCUCAGCCUACCUCUACAGCUACGUGACCGUGGGGGAACUCUGGGCCUUCAUCACUGGUUGGAACUUAAUCCUCUCCUACAUCAUUGGUACUUCAAGCGUGGCAAGGGCCUGGAGUGCGACGUUUGAUGAGCUUAUAGGCAGACCCAUCGGGGAGUUCUCACGGACACACAUGGCUCUGAAUGCCCCAGGGGUGCUGGCCGAAAACCCCGACAUAUUUGCUGUGAUCAUAAUUCUCAUCUUGACAGGACUUCUAACUCUUGGUGUGAAAGAGUCGGCCAUGGUCAACAAAAUAUUCACAUGUGUCAACGUCCUGGUCCUGGGCUUUAUAAUGGUUUCGGGAUUUGUGAAAGGAUCCAUUAAAAACUGGCAGCUCUCGGAGGAGGAUUUCCGGAACACAUCUGGCCAUCUCUGUCUGAACAAUAACACAAAAGAAGGGAAACCUGGUGUGGGUGGAUUCAUGCCCUUCGGAUUCUCUGGUGUCCUGUCCGGGGCAGCAACUUGCUUCUACGCCUUCGUUGGCUUUGACUGCAUCGCCACCACAGGCGAGGAGGUCAAGAACCCGCAGAAGGCCAUCCCCGUGGGCAUCGUCGCCUCCCUCCUCAUCUGCUUCAUCGCGUACUUUGGAGUGUCAGCUGCCCUCACCCUCAUGAUGCCGUACUUCUGCUUGGACAAGGACAGUCCCCUGCCCGACGCCUUCAAGCACGUGGGCUGGGAAGGCGCCAAGUAUGCAGUGGCUGUGGGCUCCCUCUGUGCGCUUUCCACCAGCCUUUUAGGUUCCAUGUUUCCCAUGCCUCGAGUUAUCUAUGCCAUGGCUGAAGAUGGACUGCUGUUUAAAUUUUUGGCCAAAAUCAACGAUAGGACCAAAACACCAAUAAUCGCCACAUUAACCUCAGGUGCCAUUGCUGCUGUGAUGGCCUUCCUUUUUGACCUGAAGGACUUGGUGGACCUCAUGUCCAUCGGCACUCUCCUGGCUUACUCUUUGGUGGCCGCCUGUGUGUUGGUCUUACGCUAUCAGCCAGAGCAGCCUAACCUGGUAUACCAGAUGGCCAGAACUACCGAUGAGUUAGAUCAGGUGGACCAGCAUGAACUGGUGAGCACCAGUGAUUCCCAGACAGGCUUCUUACCAGAAGCAGAGAUGCUUUCUUUGAAAACCGUACUCUCACCCAAAAACAUGGAGCCUUCCAAACUCUCUGGGCUAAUAGUGAACAUUUCAACUGGCCUCAUAGCCACCCUUAUCAUCAUUUUCUGCAUUGUGGCCGUGCUUGGGAAGGAGGCUUUGGCCCAAGGGGAGCUGUGGGCAAUCUUUGUGCUCACGGGAUCUGUCCUCCUCUGUAUGCUGGUCACGGGCGUCAUCUGGAGGCAGCCUGAGAGCAAGACCAAGCUCUCUUUCAAGGUGCCCUUCCUGCCCGUGCUCCCCGUGCUGAGCAUCUUCGUCAACAUCUAUCUCAUGAUGCAGCUGGACCGAGGCACCUGGGUCCGGUUUGCAGUGUGGAUGCUGAUAGGCUUUGUCAUCUACUUUGGCUACGGUCUAUGGCACAGUGAGGAGGCGUCCCUGGCUGCCGACCAAGCAAGGACUCCUGACGACAAUUUGGACCAGUGCAAGUGAUACAUAGCUCCGCCCCCAGGGGCAGCAGCCCCAAGGGACAGCCCCAGAAACCCGAGAAGCACCCUGCUCUCCCCACCCGUGUCACAGGAGCCGCCCAUACCCACGACGCCCCGUGCAGCUGCAGGUGCAGUUACUUGAAGCUCAGCCACAGCCCACGGUUCACGUGUGCUGCCCAGACCCAGCUCUGAGGCUGGUUCACGAGUCCUUGGUUGCCUCCAGACAGCUCUCUGGCCAGGGCCACUUGGCUGUGGCUGGCCACUGUGUCUCCCCCUUCUCUCAGAACAAAGAAAGCAGCUCUUCUCGUCAGCUCAGCACCCUGCUGCCCCAGCUUCAGCAGAACAGAGGUCACCUGUCUCCCCUGGGGAAGCAGGCCUCACCCCCAGGGACUGCUUUGGGAUUGACAACGUGCACACUCCAGACUUUUAGUAGCCAUCUCCUCCUGUUUCAAUGGCAGCCAUAGAUGAGAGACCCUACCACUAAAUGGUGUCCCCCAGCAGCCCCACCUAGAGUCACAUGACAGCUGUGUACUUAAAAAGGAACAAUAGGACCAUUUCCUUCUGAGCCUGCCUGAGUUGCUUCCAGGUGGGGUUGUUAGGGCUGGACCCCUCCCCCACAGGCUCUUCCGGCAAGGUUUUGCAGACAGCCUGAGUCCUGUGGCCACCAAGAGCAGGGGGUUCAUUUCAGACAGGGAAGAAGGGAUUGGUCCUGGUGGGAAUGAGGCCUUAGGGCAGGGGAGGGCUGGCUUCACUCCCAUGGGCACGUGGGCACUCAUAAACCAGGGGACGUGCUACAGCCCACACUCACCACGUCUGGGCCAGUCUUGCUGCUUCUGCUGUCUUUUACCUUAUCUGCGUCCUGAGUAACUGGAACAUGAGACUGUCUUGUGUGGGACUGGCCUCAGAUCUACAGUCGUUUCCUAUGGGUCUUUGCCAUCACUGAAUCUCGCCCUCUCGUGCUUUCGAGUCAGUCACUGGGCACCUAUAAAGUUCUCAAGGCCCAGUCUAGGGGCAUGACACAUCUGGGUCACAAAGUGUGUGAUGAAAUUGGAAUCAGACCACAUAGUCCGUGAAAUUUGUGAAGUCACUCCACCAUAUUAAAUUGACAUUAAUUUGGAAAAUGGCCAGGUAAUCAGCCCAAGCUAUUGAAAUAAGGAUUCAUGGUCCCCAUGUGAGAUGACUCUUGGUCAUAGUGCUGUCCUUCUCAUAUCUCUGUCACCUAAACACUCUGGCUCCGUAAGUCAGAGAGCAGUGGGUCCAGCCCAGACACCCUGUCCUCCGCAGCAUACCUGUGUCUGUAGCUCAGGCUGGGGCCGGGGCAAACACCACUGCACACACUCCUUGUAGCUUGAAGCCAGAGGAUGCAAGAAUGCUGAUGGAGCCCUUCUUCCCCUAGAGCCUUGCUCAGAGACAGUGUUGAAGGGAGAGUAAGGGAAGUUGCACUUUGGACACCCUGGGAAAUGUAAAUGCUGCUCUCCAAACUGGUUUUCCAUAUGCUCCCAGUUGGGCCUUUGACACAAGUCUGGUCGGAAGAAGCCUUACAGAUUAAUAGCACUUGACUUUCCUCCUCUGUCCCAGAAGGUUCUUGGAGGGAAAUGCAAGAAUUGGCUGAACAGCCAAUGGAGGGCAGGUGGGCAGCCUUGGACUUGGGCUUGGUGCCAGGCCCUGGUCACUUUGCAGAGUCUUUAUUCUAAAUCUCAUUUGUGAAUGUUCCAGAGAGAGUGUCCUAAGAGCCCAAAGCUUAGAUUUCCAAAGAAAGGUAUUUACAUUUAUGUAGAUUGGUGCUGUAAAAUAUUCUGAUAAAUGUUAACUUAUUUUGUUGGGGGUUUAGUUGCCGUCUUCUUAGUUCCA